CAUCUUUAUCUGUUCCUUCUUCUGACCUUGACUUUAAUGAGCCAACUUCUUUCUUGGAAGCUGAAACAUCUGCUUCUACAAAUUCAAUUCCCUUAAAAAGUCACAAGAAACAUAAAAAUAAUUUAAAUAAAAGUAACAAGAGUG